GUGACCUGAGAUGCGCCCAGGAGCGAGCUCAGGCCUUUCCCAAGGUGCUCUGGAGCAGAGCAGAGGGCCGGAACCCCCCACCCCACCCAGGGAGAGGGAGUUUGGUGCUAGGAGAGUCGUGGGAGGAAAGAGGAUUCUUGGGGUCCCUAUCCCACGCCUUCAUAGCGGAAAGAGGGAACUCAGAUAAGAGAAUGCAUUCAGGCAGCUGAGAGAAGAGGAUUGCCAGUUGACCCAAAACUCCUGCUUCGGAAAAAACCUAAGGACCCAGGGCAACAAAGGGAAGAUCUGAGAGCCGUCUGUAAUCAGGGGGUGAAAGAGGUAAUGAGUGCCCGGGCCACACGGCCCCGAAGCCGUCGAGGGAGGCAUCCUCCGCCCGGGGAGCUGGAUCCUGUGGCUGAGAGUUCAGAGGAGGUGGAGGCCACCAAUGGGAGCUUCGAGGCCAAACCUGGGCUGCUUCAGGAACACCUUGGUCCUAAUCUGCAGAGUCCAGGGAACCGGCCUGAGGAUGAUUGUGGUGUGGGAUUUUAUGGGGCCCUAGUCUUGAAGCCAGAAGAACGGUGUCAGCCUGAGGCGGAAGGCCACCAGACCCCACCGGCAGCCCCCCUGGAUAGUAGCCCUCCUGAGACAUCAGUUCCCAGUGUGUUUGAGACCCUGGAGAGCAGGCUGAGCUCCCUUGAGGCCACUGUGGCAGCCUGGCGCCACCGCUCCCUAAGCUUUCCAAGGCCGGUGGAAGGAGAAGACAGAGACCAGGGGCCACCAGGGUCCUUUGGUGAUCAGGAAGAAGCCGGGCCUGGACAGCAGGAGGCAGCUGGGCUCAUAGAGAGGAAUGCCUGGCUGCGGCUAGCCCUGGGCAGCAGGGAAGAUGAGUUGGCUUGCACUCAUGCAUCCCUGCAGGAUGCCCAGGCAGAGAAGGAGACUCUGCAGAGACAGGUGCGGGAACUGGAGGAUUCCCUAAUGCGGCUGGAGGCCUCCCCGUCUGCCCCGCUCCUCAGAGCAGGACGUACAAACAGCAACUCCAGCAGUUCUGAGGCAGAAGGGGAGCCCUGGGCACCUCAGGACGCCCCUUUGGCUCACCCCCUUCUCAGACGCCUCCGGAGUGACUCCAGCACCCAGAUCUUUGGGUGCCUUUCCACACAGCGUUCAACCCGUGAGAUGCACCUCAUGGAAGACCAGAUGGGGCAGCUCCAGGGGAGCAUUGAGAAGUUGAAGUGCUUCAACCGCCUCCUGCUGGCUGUGCUCCAGGGCUACAAAGGCCGCUGUGAGAGCCUCAGCAUGCAGCUGGGCCAGAGGGAAGCUGAGGCCACAGCCCUGCACCUGGCCCUGCAGUACAGCGAGGAUUGCGAGGAGGCGUAUGGGGUGCUGCUCGCUCUGAGGAUGGCUGGCUCAGGAGCUGAAGCCACCAAGAGUGACCUGCAGGCUGCUGAGAAGGAGGCAUCUAAGCUGCUGGUGGAGAAAGAAUCGGCUAUGGAUGGAGAGACACCUCAGCCCAGCCCAGAGGGGAGCAGUGUGGACAAGCCCACACCAGAGGAACUGGCUGCUCAGCUCCAUGGCUACAUCCGGCGUCUCCGGGAACGCUGGGCUCUGGUGAAGAUCCCCCCAGCACUCUGCCCUGCCACCACACCCAGGCCCACCAUGCCUCAUGCAGAAGCAACAGUGCAGGCCGUUCUGGAGAUACAGCCUGGCCCAGCCCUGCCCCGGCUAGAGAAGUCUCAGAUGCAGCAGGACCUGGUGGCGACUCGGGACAGUCUGGCGGACCUGGUGCUGCGGCUGCAGCUGGCGCGGCGGGAGAAGCGCGGGCUGGAGCUGCGGGAGGCGGCGCUGCGGGCCCAGGGCCCCGCCCACCUGCUGCUGCUGCAGCAGCUUCGCUGGGAGCGGGCUCACCUGGCGGGCGACGGCAGCAGCAGAGGCAGCAGCGAGGACCCGAGCAGCGAAGAGGAGGAGGACCAAGAGGAGGAGCAGCAGCACCAGGGCCCUCCUGCCCUCCCUGGUGGCCAGAAGGGCAGAGCGUGGGACUCUGAGACCUUAUCCCAGGAACUGUCGGCGUCCCUUGCCCGGGCGGCGGACCUGCGGGCACAGCUGCAGUCCCUGCGGCAGCAGCUGGAGCAGGUGGCUCAGAAGGGCCGGACCAGACGUGCUCAGAGCGCGGAGCUGAACCGAGAGCUGUGCAAGGCUCACAGCUCCCUGGUCUUGGCCUUCAGAGGAGCCCACCGGAAGCAGGAAGAGCAACGCCGGAAGUUGGAGCAGCAGGUAGCUCGGAUGCAGGCCCAGCAGGCAGAGGAACUGGCAGUGCUGGCAGCUACAGCCAGAGCCCUGGGGAAGCCGGGGGCUCCCCAGCCAGGCCAGACCUUCCUGUAGGACCCAGACCCAGCUUGCAUAUAACACGCAGGUGUGGUGGGCACGUCAUAAAGUGUCCUGUCGUAGGCUGGAGAGAUGGCUCAGCGGUUAAGAGCAUUUGCUGCUCUUGCAGAGGACCUGGGUUCAGUUCCCAGCCUCAACGGCCACAGGCACUGGACCAUCAGCUGGGAGGAUCUGUCGCCCUCUUCUGGACUCUACAGGCUCUGAAGUCAUGUGCACACACCCACCCACUCACAUACGUAAUUAAACAAAAUGAAGUGUCCUGUCGUGACAUCA